GGGAGAAGCGGCCGCCAUGUUGGAGGCGCCGCCAUGAAACCGCCGCGGCGGCGCCGCCUGAUCCCGGCGCGGUUCGUGCGGCUCCCGCCGAGCCCCGAGCGGCCGCAGCGGGGCCCGUGGGGGCUGCGGGAGAAGCGGGCGCUGCUGGAGGCGCUGCGGGACGAGGCUCGGCGAGGCCUCCCCGAGUCCCGGCUGGUGGCGGCGCUGAGGGAGCGGCUGCCGCGAAGGAGCGAGGAGGAGAUCCGGGCGCAGCUGGUGCUGCUGCGGGGCCGGGCGGCUCGGGAGGCGCUGAGCUCCAAAUUCCGGAACUUUCUGCAAUUCCAGCGCCGGAUCCGCGCCCCCAUCCAGGUGUGGCAGGACCUGGCUGAGACCCUGGUGGGAGGAGCCCUGGAGAGCCCCCCCAGCGCCGCCUUCUCCCAGGUGCUGACGCUGGCGGCCACGGAGCCCCUGACCCUGGAGCGCUCCAGACCCCCCCAAAAUUUGGACCCCCGAAAUUCGGGGCCUUCCCAAAAUUCGGGGACCCCCCCGGAGGUGGAGACCCCCCAAAAUUCGGGGUCCCCCCAAAACCCGGGGGGGUGGGAGGUGAAUUUUGGGAGGAUUUACGAAUUCCUGGCUCGGAUCAGCUCGGGGGGGGAGGCGCCCCCCCUGCCCCCCACAGAGGCCGCGGUGGUUGUGUCCUUGCUGGCCGCGCUGCCGGCCGAGCUGGGGGCGCUGGCAGCGCCGGGGCGGCUCCAGCGGCACCUGCGGGGGCUCUGGGGGUCCCUGAGCGCCCCCCAGAGCCCGGGGGGGCCCCCGCAGAGCCCCGAGCCCGCCCCGUGCCCCCCCCUGAACCCCCUCCUGCUGCCGCUGGCCUUGCUGGGACGGGCGGCCUGAGCGGGGAUGGGGGGGCGGCAAAAUUCCGAAUUUUCCCAAAAUCCUUGGGGGUCCCGAAAUUCCUUGGGGUGAGACCCCAAAUUCCCGAAUUUUGGGUGGAAUCCCAAAUUCCCUGGGAAUUCCCAGUUUUUGGUGGGGGGAGGGAGGAAUGCCGAAAUUUGGGAUGAUCCCAAAUUCCCUCUUGCUCUUUCCCAGGUUUUUGCGGGAGGGCGAGAGAAAAAAUAAAUGUUUGGAUUUUCCCAAAAUUGGAGCGUUCGGGACUCGUUUGUGGCUGGACUGGGAUGAACUGGGAUGGACUCGCCCGGACUCCCCCCCGUCCCCCUCCAAUGGUUUCGUCCUCCUCUCGUUGGCCACGCCCCCUUUUAAUCACGUGCUCCAUGUUUCUUCCCGCCUGCCACGUGACUAUCCCCGCGCGGUGACGUCAGUCACAUGACGUCAGUCACAUGAGGGCCGCAGCACCGCCCGGAUCCUUCCGCGCCUCCGCCCGGGGCCUUCCCGGGACCGCCCGAGUUACCGGGACCCCUGCUCGUUAACCGGGAUCCCUCCCCCGUUACCGGCACUGGGAGGAGCUGGGGGAGCUUCGGGAGGCCUUAGGAAGGGACUGGGACGGACUGGGAGGAACUGGGCUGAACUCUACGCAGUUUGCGUAGCGCUGUGGGCAGGGCCCUUACGCCAUCCGCGUAGCGCCGUGGGCACCGGCGUGGCACUGGGAGGAGCUGGGCCGAACUGGGAAAGGCCUGGGAGGCCUUGGGAAGGCACUGGGAGGAGCUGGGAUGAACUGGGAUGAACUGGAACGAGCCGUACCACUGAGGGCGAGGCCCUUACGCCAUUUGCGCACAACCCUGAGGGCGCUCCCCUUUCCCUUACGCCAUUUGCGCAGCGCUGAGGGCGCUGCCCGUUCCCUUACGCCAUUUGCGUAGCGCUGAGGGCGCUCCCCGUUCCCUUACGCCAUUUGCGUAGCGCUGAGGGCGCUC